UUGGUGAUCCACGGCAUUCAAGAGAAGGCUACCUGGAAUUUAUAGAGACAGAGCAAUUCGGCAAUGCGGAAAUAGGUGGACGAUUCAUGUCACCGACUUUGCAUCCCACUCCCAGGCUGAGGAUCUGAGAGUUCGCGGGGAUUGCAAUUAGUGACAAGAAUUUUUUAUUUUUUUCUCUUCCUUUUUUACAUUGCGCGUUUGUGUUGCUAAAACCAUCCGCUUUUAAAACACACUUCGCGGAGGAUUUCAAGCAUUCUUGCGCGUUUGACAGUGGACUGAGAAGAAAUAAUACUUAAGGGUCAACGCAACUUGCUCUCUUGCUUGCGAGCAUCAACAUGGACGUGUUGGCGAAUUACAGUAUUUUUCAGGAACUUCAGCUGGUGCACGACACGGGCUACUUCUCCGCGAUGCCGUCGCUGGAGGAGAACUGGCAGCAGACAUGUUUGGAACUGGAGAGGUACUUACAGACGGAGCCCAAAAGGCUCUCCGAACUCUUUGACGAGGAACUCGACUGCCUCCUCACACCAGGCUUCAUGAAAGGUGACAGUGACGAGGACCUGAUGGACCCUCUGUUACCCAGCUUAUCCGACGAGGCCAGCCCGCCCCCUUUGCUCGUGUCCCUUCCCAAGAUCCUCCACACCCCGACCAGCACCAAGAAUACAGAUGCACCGAUGAAAGAGGCCAGUGGUGGGGUGAAUCCUGCCCAACUCAACGCCGUCACAUCCCUUACACCACCUUCCUCGCCUGAGUUGGGGCGGCACCUCGUAAAGCCCACGCAGACUCUCACCGCCACAGCUGAUGGCACGCUCACACUCAAAUUGAUGGGCAAGAAAGUUGGGCUCGGGGCGGCGAAGCUUAUCCCGACACAUUCGGUACCCUCGCCGCCAAGCCGCGGAGCACAGAGCGAUGGAGAAGGAGGACUUGGUACAGGUGGAGGAGACGUCCCAGAGAACAAAAAGAGGGUCCACCGCUGUCAGUUUAAUGGCUGUAGGAAGGUUUACACAAAAAGCUCCCAUCUAAAGGCACACCAGAGGACACACACAGGUGAGAAGCCUUACAAAUGUUCCUGGGAGGGCUGUGAAUGGCGUUUCGCGAGGAGCGACGAACUGACGAGGCACUACCGCAAACACACGGGCGCCAAACCAUUCAAGUGCAACCAUUGCGACAGAUGUUUUUCCAGGUCUGACCACUUGGCUCUGCACAUGAAGCGACAUAUCUAAGGCCGGGAGAGAAAGAGAGAGAGAGUAAGAGAGAGAAGGAGAUGACGACAAAGAGUGAGAAGAGUGCAUCACCUAAAAAUAUACAAUGGACAUUGGGUGCACACUAAGGGGUCUGGCCGCAAAAAUCACCGCGAGGAAUAUGCGAGGCAGCGUGGGCAAAAGUUGUUGGAUUCUACACCUUCUCGAAACAGUCUUUUCAUCAGCGAUUAGCCAUGCCUUACCAAGCCCUUGCUUGGAGGUCAGACACUGCCAAACACCACUGUUUUUAUUUUUCCCUCAUUCUCUUUUGUACAGUUCACCACAAGCAUGGGACAGGAAAUGCCACAUCAUGUACAAAACCUAUAUGCACAUUCAUUCUUCGCAGAUGAACAGUUCUUCUAGAUCGUACAAUCUGGAAUGACUUCCGUCUUUACUUUGUAAACCACAUCACGAUACUAAACCUGCAGCUCUGUCGUAUACAGCAAGCAACCAAACCCGUUUAACAACAUUGCCAAUACGUUCUGAGGAGUGACCAAUGGAACUAGCGGCCAAACGUAACGCCCGGCCCCCGGAAGCAGACUCUGCGUAAAAAACUUUAAAGAGACACGCAGCAUCGGCAACGCUCAGGAUGUGCGCUGAUUUCUCAUCCUCUUCGCUCAGGAGCGAACUCUUCUCUGCUCUUCAUGCCUGUCACUUCACAGGCGACCGAAACGAUGCGCAGCGACACUUUCUUGCCUUUGUUUUUUAAAGACAGUGUUAAGAAGAUGGUUUGUUUUUUUCUUCUGAGCUGAAAUGUCUUAAACUUCUGAAAAGUGAAAAACUCGACACAAGCAUAAAUGUGCACAUAUGGGCAACGGGAGGGAACUGUAAGCCCUUCUCAGUAUGCACAAGGUUCGACUCAGUGGCUGCUAUCUGGCACUGAAAGCGAAAAAGUUUGACAAACAUAAGACGGGAAAAGCAACCCCCCAAAAAAGAUCACGGUUGGCUCGGUAUUAAAGGACCGCCGUCUUCUGUUUUUCAUUUCGAUUUGAUCUAGGGAAAGUAAAUCCGCCACAACCUGGCGUCAGCACGGACCUUGUGUGACGCUCUUGACACUGGAAAAGUUCUUUGGCUUUGUGUUGAUACUGGCACCCUUGUGAGUACAUAGUCCUCCAGUGCACCAAGGCCGACGGAGGAGACGUUACGGAGACAGCUGGCAGGACUUUUGACUCUCGGAUCGGAGCAUCUGCUGGGAUCAGGAUCCAAAAGAACUCGGUGGCAUCAGCCCAGAUAAAAACUUUGCCUGUUUCGUAUCCAUUGUCUGCACUGAUUUUUUCAAUGUUCUCUGUGUUUUUUUCAUACAGUCAAAAAAAUGUCAAAAAACAAAACAAAAAAACAUUAAAAACAAAAAAUGACUAGGAGGGAAAAAAGCAGAAAACGGAAAAAAAAACGCUUAAAAAACAGAAUCAAAUCUCUCUUUCACACACACACGACACAGAAUGGUUUCUUUGCUCUUGGCUUUUCCUGAGAAAAACAGAAAACCGGAAAAAAAAACGUAGAACAAUAAUUACCAAGUUAAUGAACAGCGUUAAAACAAAACACUGCAUGGCAGCCUCUUUCAGACAGAUACACACACUUGCACACGCACAUGCACAGCUUGCCUCUCAGCAUUAUUUGUUUUUCACCAAAAUCUUCACAGCAGGGUUUUAGCAAUUGUUGUUUUGUAGGAUUGCAUUCCAUCCAGACAUCAGACUCUGCGACGAGAGCUUGUUGAUACAUUCUAGUCAAUUAUGCUAAACCGGGCCUAGGUCUAGCUCUGUGUUAACAAUCAGCUUCUAAAUCACAGGGACAAAAUAUAUAUCAUUGUUCCCAAGGUUGCGAAGCCUGCCGUGACAUCCCGAUCAGGGCGUUUCCUUCUCUUCUGCAUUGAUUUAAUGGCUGCUGGGUAGGAGGGGAGAUUGAAAGCCAUUACGAUUCAGCAGUUACAUGUUGGGAGUCAUGGCAGACUCCACUAAGCGAUCCCGGAGUGUCCCUCGGGGACCCGGAGCUUCAGAUCAAUACUCUCAGCGCAGAACCACAUAGAAGUAAAGGGUUGGUGCCUUUCUCUUAGUUUAGGUUUGCUGAAGGCAGCUCUUCUGUCACAUAUACAAACACACACACACAGUCACUUUCAUUCGACCACAACUGCAUUAAUCUGAACCACGUGUCUGCCAUUUGAAUGCCCAUUUUUAUUUUUGCCAAAUCGUAUCUAUUCCAGCGAAGUCAUGCCAAAAUUUCAAUGAAAUGGGAGAUCGCUCCGUCUCCACUAAUGUACAAUCAGCUGGGGUUUGUGGCACUUUCCGCGAGGAGCGGAACACGUUUGUGACGAUUUUAUGUGUGGAUUUCUGUAAAGCAAGGACGUGUUGCAACACCGUCAUAAACCUGCAGCAGAAUUGUGGGACGUCAGACAGUGUACAACAUUCUGACAGUAAUUAGAAAAACAACUUUGAUUUCCGCAAAACAUUUCCAUUUUACUCACAGAUAGCGGCGAUGAAAAGCAACAUUUAUUUCACACUGAUCUGGUCUCCCACGACUCUAAUGAGUUUUUGCUCCCUGAGAAAAUGAACAUUCUGCCUGUUCUUUCGUUAACCAUAUGGGAUAUAACAGCAGGAAAGCAGGGACCGAAAAAAUGGCGUCUUAUCAUUUCCUGACACUGAUGAACAAUGAAGCAACAGCAAACUUGCUCGAAUCAACAUUGAAAAUGUACUUAUAAAUAUCAUCCAUUUAAAUACAAGCCAUGUGAAAUUCGAAAUGACAAGAUCCCUUUUCACUUUGCCAAGAUGUUCCAGACGUUACCAAAUGAAUAUGGAACAGGCCAAUCAAAUUCAUUAGCAGGCGGCACGUCGCACAUAUCACUCCACAUAUCAAGUGCCAUUUGAAUCCCAGUUCUCUCACUUUAAGAACAACAGCAGCGGUCCACGCGCAGUUAAUCCAACGCAUACUUACACUUUGCCCAAAGAUUUACGCAUUUGCAAAUACACUGCUGGGUGAAAGAGAGAAAGGAAUAUUUUGGAUUCUCUUCAAAACUCACGGUAUAUCUUCCCCUGCCCUACACCAGCUUUCUUUCUGUUCGUUUUUGAACAUCUACGUGACCAUUGGUUUGGUCUCAAGUAUGUGUGCUUGUAAAAUACAGUCAUGUUGGUUUGAAUGCCGAGUUGAGGAUGAGUUUAAACCCUAACCGUGAAGUAAACAGCGAAUUAGUCGCACCGGUUCUAGUUUGUAGUCAGGGUAGGACGUCUUAAGAAAUAUUUACAAGGUCACGCAUGCCUUUAGAAGGAACAUUGCAAAAACAUUGAUAAAGAUGAUGCUUUUCAUAAAGGAAGUUCACACAACUCUUGAUUCUGAAUUCAGACUUGUAGAGACGAUCUACUUCAAGUCAUCUACACAAUAUUAAUAGACUUUGGACUUGAAUGGACAAGAAGAAGUGUUGUGACAGUAAGAAUGUUUGAAGACAUUCUAAGGGAACAAUUUAUAGUGUACUAGCGAUUUGGGCACUCUUCCAAUGAAGCUCCCUCUCCAAGCCGUUUGCUUUUCAGCUUCAAAGAGGCUUUUGGCAGCUUUUUCAAUUUUAUACAAAAAAUGCUUGAAAACAUCACAAGGGGAUUUUAUGAAAAAGGUCAGGUGACUAAGACGACUAUCGUUUUGUAAUCUCUUUUAUCGGAAUAGCAUUUCACUGCAUAACUAACACUCACCGUCGUUGCCGCUAGCUUAGUCUGUUUAAUGACACUGCUGUCGAUUGUCUACAUAACAUUUUCUAGCGUUUCAAGAUGCACUUAUCACAAAAACAUCGGAGCAAUUUUUUCCGCAGCGUUUUAAAUAUGUGAGCUGUAUGAUUUAAGCCACAGCAUUAAUGGAAGUGUCUCUUUUGGUCGAGGUUGCUUUUAAACGUACUCAAUCAUGUAUCCAAGUACACUAUUGCGCUUACUCUAUCAAUACCCAUACAGCUUUUACUCGCAUUGUAAAAGAGAGGGUUUGAGGUAAAGGUGGGUUUGUUAAAACUCACAAUUUUUGAGGUAUACUGCAUCUUGAAGUGCAUCCGUACCAUGUUUGUCCAAAGUUCAUACAUCAGCGAGAAGAAGACUCACCAGGUCUUUUUGCGUUUCUCAACCUCCCCAUCCAUCCAUCCCACCCUGAACCUGCAGAACCACAGUCAGCUUCUCUGCUAUACUCAGAUCAUUUCAAUUCCAUUCUGCAGUUUGUAGACGGCUCAAAGUAUGCGCUACCAGCCGUCAUCUAUGAAUGUCCGUAGACGUGACUAACCAGGGAGCAACCGGCCAACAACAGACCUCAGUAACUCAAUGCUUUACAGGUGCUCUCCCUUUCUUACCCAAACAUGGCUCUCAAAGAAAGCCAGCAGAUGGUUGAGCAGGUACAGAUAUGAAAAAAAGAAAGAACAGUAUGUGCCAUCUUGAUUCAUACCUAUGAAAGCAGAAUGACAUUUUGCCAUAUGUAGGCUGAAGCGUGUAGUUCGCUAGAGCAGGGACCCACACAUCCACCGUCAACUCCUCCCCCCUGCCCACAUCACUAACACUCCGCCCCCUCACUUCCCGUACUCUUCACACUCUUCCUCUCCGUUUUUCGAUUCAGUUCUUUCCUUGUGUGUUUUUCUUUUUUGGUUCUUUUGCUGUACAAAGUGUUUAAAAUGUUAUUAUUUGUAUGAUAUAAUGUUAGUACGGUAAUGUUCUUUAUUAAGGAAGAAGAUGAAAUUUAUUUUUGUUACUGGUCUGUUUCAUAAUUCUUUUUUAAAUUGGUAUUGUAAGAUAUCUAUGCAAGAACUGUUCAGUGGAGCAUUUUUAUUUAAGAAUGUAAUAAGUGUAAUAAAUGGUAGA